AUGUUUGGACGACGCGUUUACGCCAGUGCGGCAGUUCCCCGCCGUAUGUGGCCGGCACUUCACAUUCAGAGCAGUAGCCAAGCACUGCGUAUCCUUCCUUCACUCGCACCACUUCACCCGACUAUAACUCGGCAUGUUGCACUUGUGUCCGCCCCGCUCACAAGCCUCUCCGCGGUCGGUUUGUGUGAAUCCUCAACGGAGUUAUGCAAAGAUACAACGCAGUCGCAGGGCUGUGUCGUCCUGUCGCUCAUCUCAGCCUCGUGGUGCCAACCGCACAAUUUUCUCCCUCCAUUUGUGGCAGAGUGCACAGGGGUAAAGAAAGUGCUUCACUGA